UUUAAGUAAACACAGAUGGAAAGCAACAGUUUGACCACCGUGAUUAGUUAAUGAAUUUUGUUCCAGCCUUCAACCAGAGCCGCUGAAGCAGCAAUAGAGGGACAGGGCAACUGACUUAUGGUGAGAGACAUGGAGGAGGAGGAGGACAAAGGUCAAUAUGCUGCCGUGGGAGAGGCAAUGAGAAAUGAAGAAAACAGGUUUUGAUAAAUGGCUUCGGAGUUUGACAGCAAACAGACAUACGGUGUUACUGUUAUGUCUCUAUAUAUAUAUAUAUAUAUAUAUAUAUAUAUAAUCGAUGUAUAGAGCUGUUGCCAUGUGUAAUUUAUGGUACAACUUCGAAUAAUCUUGCCCUGUCCGUUUUUCCAAAUGACAGGCCUGAGGACUAACCUAUAGGACUAACUGGCAGAUGAUGAUGAUACGAUACAGAACUGAAGUUGAGUGAUGUUGUGUACAAUUAUAUUUCAAAUAAUAAUUAAAAAGAAUUACUGUAACGCACAGACCAGUGUUGGGCUCGUAAACCUGCGUGUUUACUCCAGUGGUUACGGUUUGAAGAGGAACCCGGAUGUAAACAGAAGCCGCCUCACCGAUGAGCAGCGGACACCAGGAUGAACAUCUCGGACAGUUCUCGUCACCUGACCAUCUCCUCUCACGUGUGUGACUGCAUGAGGCAGAAGAACUGUCCAUCACACACAUAGGUGGUCGUUAGGCUGGGAGAGCCGGUGAGGAUGGAGGCUUGUGUUAACCUGCAUUCUCAGCUGGCCUCUGUCAUGGAGGUGUUAGCUAACGCGGCGGUGGCGGAGAUCUGUCAGCUGGUGGACGACGGCUUCGCCUCACUACGGCUGGAGAUCUCCCGGAGCCGCAGGGAGAACUUGGCGCUGAAGAGCCGCCUGCGGCUGAUGGAGGUCCGAGCCGGGGGGAGCUCCCACACAGAGCCCUUAUCGUCCAUGGUGGUCACCUGUGCUCGGAGAGAUCAUCGUUUUGAAGAAGAUGGUUCUAACAUUACAAAAAGAGACGUCGGGUCCAGCACACAGGAGAAUACUGACUGUCAGCAGUCACAGCCAGUGGAUGGGACAGACCAGCAGCUGGAGCCGGAGGCUGCUGUGGUGAAGAAGGAAAGGCUGGAGGAGGCGACAGUCUGCUGUGUGCUAGAGGACCAUGAGACAGCAGCUAACAGCAGCAUUGGAUCUCAGUCUCUGUCUCAUGCUGCUGAAAACAGAGACAGUGGUUCCGCCCAGUUUGAAAAGCAGGACUUAGUUGGACUUGAAGCUCAGCAGGAAGAAGAGCAAGAGGAAACGAGUCCGUAUACUCAUCUUGAGAGCCAUAGAGCCGCACCAGGAUGUCCAAACAGAGACUUGACCAAGGAAGACAAGCAUGUUGUGGAUCUCAGAGACUUUACGAGUACAGAUCCUAAUGUACACACUCCACUGAUCAAGAAACUGGUGUCAGAGCUGCCUUUAAAUACAAGUAUGUGUGGUGCUGCAGCAGACUGGACGGAAGCGGUAAUGUCAACACCAGUGAAACUGGAGGCCUUCUGGUCGGAAGCCUUUAGGACAUGUGAUGCUUCGGUCUCUGUCACUAGAAGCCAGUGUGUAAAUAACAGUAGAUUAACUUACAGUCACCAAACAGACAGACAAGAGGCAUCUCUCGAUGACUUGUUCUCGACUACAGAGGUGGCCCGCUCUCUUACGACUCCCCAUAAACAUUCCACAGAUGGAGUCGUAGGCACAGACGAGUCACUGUCUACCCGUUGUUUUCCUGUCCUUAGCAGCGGCAGCAGCUUCGGGAACUCUUCCAUGUCAGACUGGCUAACGGGCCCCUCCUUCAGUAAGGCCUCCGCUGACUCCAGGAGCACAAGCUUCCCCAGCAGCACAGAGCAAGCGUUCAGCUGCCAGCAGUGCAGCCGCCUCUUCUCCACUUCUAGAGACUUGGUGGUACACCAGCGCUCCCAUUCUGGGGAGAGGAUCUUCCACUGCCACCUCUGCACAAAACCCUUUGUCCAUCCACACCAGCUGAAAACCCACCAGCGGGUGCACACGGGGGAGAAGCCGUUCAGCUGUGCACAGUGUGGUAAGCGCUUUUCCCAGUCCAGCCACAUCAAGAGACACAUGAGCGUUCACACAGGCGAGAAGCGCUACAGCUGCAGCCUGUGUGGGAAACGCUUCUCGCAGGCCUGCAGCCUCAAGGUGCACCAGGCUGUGCACACCGGAGAGAGACCGUACAGCUGCAGCAAGUGUGGGAAGAGCUUCUCUGUUCUGGGAAAUCUGGUCCGCCACCAAAGUCUCCACGUCCACAUCUAAAAACACACAGGCCUGGAGGGCGAGCAGGUGGGCCUGCUGCUCGGCGGGGUCUCUCCGGAGGUGAAGCACACCGGGGACCAGGAGUGGGGGCAGGUGUCUGCUUUACCACCACCUGUAGACGAGGGGCAGGCGUCGGCUUUUCUGCCGACUGGAGACGAGGGGCAAGUGUCUGCUUUAGCUGCUGACCGCAGACAAAGGGCAGCAAUUGGUCGGACCCGAGCCCAUCCUGUCGCUGUCCAGCUGCAAGCCAUCGCUCUCACCUCAGUCCCCUCUAGAAAUGCCUUGGAUUACCCUGUCGGCAGCUGGGUCUGCCUCUCUGCCUGGAACUCAUGGGCCUCAAACUCCCAUCUGCUCACCAUCGCCUGCUCCUUUGCAUCGCCGAAUUCUCCUCCUCCAUUUGAGCCAGCACCGCCACUGACUGGAGUUGUGAUUUACUGGCUGUUUUGGGCCCAACAUCUUCAUUAGUUAAAAGAAACAACAAACAUAAAGUCAGUCAACUAAACAUAAAGCCCGAAACACAACCUCUUCAGGUGGCAGCUCAGCUCAGAGUGUCUCUGGGUCUCCUCUCCAUGCGUUUGUCCCUCGUGGCAGCUCUUUCAGCUGUCUUUUAAACUGGGGAGUAUUAAGCUAACAGCUGUGCUAUUUACCCCCCUGGUACAGCUGGAGGGGUCACUGAGUUGGAUGUCUUAUAUGUGUGUGGCACCGCUUUUUCAUCAUUUCUUUUCAUUUUUGCGUCCGUCGCAUGUUUCAAUCUUCAUCAAUCCCCCCACUCGCUCACGGUGAAUCCAGCCAGGGAUCUCCUGCUGUGCGCUCACAUUGGCUCCUCUGGACUUUCUGCAGAUUUAUUACUCGCGUCCCAGGUGGAGAAAGUCACUAGAAACUCUGGAGCCUCUCACUCGGACAUUUGAUUUUCACACAUACACAUCCUCCGAAGAAACUGCGGAGGAUCUGGGGAGUUCAGUGCAUGUCUGAAAGCAGUUUUAUCAAUGAUUAUUAUUGGUCUUUUUUAUAGAUGAGAAGUUUUGUAUGUAUUUCCACAUAUUUCUAAACACUAGGUGUUGUUGGAACAAUAAUUGUGCUACAUAAAACAUAAAGUGAAUGUUGACUUAUAAAGUCUUAAGUCUUAUUGAUGAAGAAAUCUCUUUUGCACAGUUUUCUGAUGAUGAUGGCUGAAUAAAAGAAUGGAUAAAACUC